AUGAACAAGCUUUACAUCGGCAACCUCAACGAGAGCGUGACCCCCGCGGACUUGGAGAAAGUGUUUGCGGAGCACAAGAUCUCUUACAGCGGCCAGUUCUUGGUCAAGUCCGGCUAUGCCUUCGUGGACUGCCCCGACGAGCACUGGGCGAUGAAGGCCAUCGAAACUUUCUCUGGGAAAGUAGAAUUGCAAGGAAAACGCCUAGAGAUUGAACACUCGGUUCCCAAAAAACAAAGGAGUCGGAAAAUUCAGAUCCGAAAUAUUCCACCUCAGCUUCGAUGGGAAGUACUAGACAGCCUACUUGCUCAGUACGGUACAGUGGAGAACUGCGAGCAAGUGAACACUGAGAGUGAAACUGCCGUGGUGAACGUCACCUAUUCCAACCGGGAACAGACCAGGCAAGCUAUCAUGAAGCUAAACGGCCACCAGCUGGAGAACCACGCCUUGAAGGUCUCCUACAUUCCUGACGAGCAGAUAGCACAGGGUCCUGAGAAUGGGCGCCGAGGAGGCUUUGGCUCUCGGGGUCAGCCCCGCCAGGGUUCCCCUGUGGCAGCGGGAGCCCCAGCCAAGCAGCAACAAGUGGACAUUCCCCUGCGGCUCCUGGUCCCCACCCAGUAUGUGGGCGCCAUCAUUGGCAAAGAGGGUGCCACCAUCCGCAACAUCACAAAACAGACCCAGUCCAAGAUAGACGUGCACAGGAAGGAGAAUGCAGGCGCUGCAGAGAAGGCCAUCAGCGUCCACUCAACCCCCGAGGGCUGCUCCUCUGCUUGUAAGAUGAUCUUGGAGAUCAUGCAUAAGGAGGCAAAGGACACCAAAACGGCUGACGAAGUUCCCCUGAAGAUCCUGGCCCAUAAUAACUUUGUGGGGCGUCUCAUUGGCAAGGAAGGGCGCAACCUGAAGAAAGUGGAGCAGGACACAGAGACCAAAAUCACCAUCUCCUCGCUGCAGGACCUUACCCUCUACAACCCCGAGAGGACCAUCACUGUGAAGGGGGCCAUUGAGAACUGCUGCAGGGCUGAGCAGGAGAUCAUGAAGAAAGUUCGGGAGGCCUAUGAGAAUGAUGUGGCUGCCAUGAGUCUGCAGUCUCAUCUCAUCCCUGGCCUAAACUUGGCAGCUGUAGGGCUUUUCCCAGCCUCAUCUAGUGCAGUUCCGCCACCUCCCAGCAGCGUCACUGGAGCUGCUCCCUACAGCUCCUUUAUGCAGGCUCCAGAGCAGGAGAUGGUGCAGGUGUUCAUCCCCGCUCAGGCAGUGGGCGCCAUCAUCGGCAAGAAGGGACAGCACAUCAAACAGCUUUCCCGCUUCGCCAGUGCCUCCAUCAAGAUUGCUCCUCCUGAAACUCCUGACUCCAAAGUUCGUAUGGUCAUCAUCACUGGACCCCCAGAGGCCCAAUUCAAGGCUCAGGGAAGAAUUUAUGGAAAACUCAAGGAGGAGAACUUCUUUGGUCCCAAGGAGGAAGUAAAGCUGGAGACCCAUAUCCGGGUCCCAGCAUCAGCAGCUGGCCGGGUCAUUGGCAAGGGCGGCAAAACGGUGAAUGAGUUGCAGAAUUUAACAGCAGCUGAGGUGGUGGUGCCAAGAGACCAGACACCAGAUGAGAAUGACCAGGUCAUCGUCAAGAUCAUCGGGCAUUUUUAUGCUAGCCAGAUGGCUCAGCGGAAGAUUCGAGACAUCCUGGCCCAAGUUAAACAGCUGCACCAAAAGGGACAGAGUAACCAAGCCCAGGCUCGGAGGAAGUGA